AUGGCUCUCUCUUCCCCAUCUCUGGCCGGAAAGGCGGUGAAGCUGUCGCCAUCUUUCCCUAGAACUCCAAGGAAAUGGAAGGGUGUCCAUAAGGAAAACUGCCAAGGCCGUCUCAUCAGGCAGCCCAUGGCCAUGCUUGGAGCUCUUGGGUGUGUCUUCCCCGAGCUUUUGGCCCGCAAUGGCGUCAAGUUCGGUGAGGCCAUUUGGUUCAAGGCCGGAGCCCAAAUCUUUAGUGAGGGUGGACUUGACUACUUGGGCAACUCAAGCUUGAUCCAUACUCAGAGCAUUUUAGCCAUUUGGACUUGCCAGGUUAUCUUGAUGGGUGCCGUUGAGGGCUUCCGUAUUGCCGGUGGGCUGCUCGGAGAGGUGACUGACCCAUUGUACCUCGGUGGCAGCUUCGACCCAUUGGGCGUUGCUGAGGAUCCAAAAGCGUUUACUGAGCUUAAGGUGAAAGAGAUCAAGAAUGGUAGACUUGCCAUGUUCUGGUUCUUUGUCCAGGCCAUUGUGACUGGCAAGGGUCCACUGGAGAACCUUGCUGACCACCUUGCUGACCCUGUAAACAACAAUGCCUGGGCCUAUGCCACCAACUUUGUUCCUGGGAAGUGA